AUGGACAAGAAGACGAACGAGCCCGGUCUCAAGUGCUACCACGAGGUGCCGGCAUUCCUGCAGUACAACCGACACGUCCUCACCGGCUACCGCGUCUCCUACAGGCACGCCAACUUUCCCGUUCCCAUCGAUGAUCUGCUGGGCGCACUGAUCUUCAUCGCGCUCUUCCACCCGACCAUCCGCUAUCUCCACGAGCCCACGGCGACGGACAUCGUGCUGUUCGGGAUCUACUUUGCGUGCGCGGUGACGACGAUGAUCUGCUCGGCCGUGUUCCACCUGUUCAACUGCACCUCGCCGGGCGCCUACAAGCGGCUGGCCACCCUCGACUACUCCGGCAUCUCCCUUCUCAUCGUGGGCUCCUAUCUCCCGCUCGUCUACUGGGGCUUCCACUGCGUGCCGUGGUGGAGGGACGUAUACAUGACCACCAUAUCGGCGUUCGGUGUCAUCGGUCUGGCCUUGUCGUGGAUCCCCUACUUCUCUCAACCGCACACCCGCUUCCUCCGCACCUCGUUCUACCUGUUCUUCGGAUGGUUCAGCCUGAUCCCGGUCGGACACCUGGUGUACAUGGACGGCAGCUUCUGGUUCGUGUGGCGCAUCGGCCGCUUCGUGCUGUUGAUGGGCGUCAUCUACUCCGUCGCCGCGGCCAUCUACGUCUCACAAAUUCCCGAGCGUUGGGCGCCCGGCAUGUUCGACUACUCCUGCCAAAGCCAUGUGAUCUGGCAUGUGCUGGUGUUCCUGGCAGCUCUGGUGCAGGUGGGCGCGCUCAUGUACUGCCACGGGGUCAUCCCCGAACACUCGUGCCCGGCAGGCUACGGCGACCUACCCACCGCCUAA